UUUUAGGCACGCGCGUGAGGACAGGAGGUGGCAGCGUUUUCCUUCCUUCUUGCAGUGGGCCCUGCCUUAUUCCAAUUCCGACACUGGGAAUUCCAAAAGGCGGAAACAGACUGCUGCGGAGGCGACCUGGCAGCAGGAGGGAAGGCUCUUGAUCCCGCCCGCUGGCUCCUGUCCUGCCCCCGCCGUCUCCUUUUCUGGGAGCCUCCCGUGCAGGUGUGUACUUAGCACUCAGUACAGAGAGCACGCGACGGUGAAGGGUUGUAAUGCAACAGUAGAACUUCUACAUGUCUACACAGAACUGAAGACUGAGGUAGUCUCUGAUACCUGGGACUCUCCAUUGUUGUUACCUUCCCUAGUAUGGGUAUAUCACUUCUGUUUUGCCUCACACUAGGGUUAUUGCCUGUAAGAAACUUUGGGAAGAGUUGGCAAUGCCCGCAUAUUCCCUUUAAUUUGACAAGAGACUACACAGUAAAAUAUAACCUCCCUGCAUUCCCGGCUGAGAGUGACAUCCAGAACAUUGUUGCCUAUGAGCCUGCUGAUGUUCUAUUUGUUGCAGUUAGGAACAAGAUCUACAUGUUGAACUCAAAGCUGGCAAUUCUGUCUACCAUAGUGACUGGUCCUUGGGGUAGUCCUGAGUGUGAAAUCUGUGCCAAGUGCCAAGUGAAAGGACCAAUGGAUUAUGAAGACACAGAUAACAAAGUUUUGGUGAUGGAUCCUUCUGAAGAUUGGCUUUACAGUUGUGGAGCUUCUCAGCAUGGAAUCUGUUUCAAGCAUGAGAUUGAGACACGGGGUCCUGUUCCUUUUAUUACAAACUUAACAGAAUGCUUGUAUUCAGCUCAGUCCAACAGGCCUUCAGAGUGUCCAGAUUGUGUGGCCAGUCCCUUGGGCACUAGAACAGUAGUUGUGGAUAUAGCUCGUUCUUUGUUCUUCUACAUUGCAUCUACCAUUAACAGAACCAUAAGUGAGAUAUAUAGCCCCAAAUCUGUGUCGAUACGGAGACUGAAGAGUUCCUUGAAUGGGUUUGACAAUUUUUUCCAGUCCUUAACUGUGCUGCCUGAGUAUCAAGACACAUACCCCAUUGACUAUGUGUAUUCCUUUAAUGACCAGCACUUUGUAUAUUUCCUGACAGUCCAAAGAGAAAAUCCCAGCUCCAAAUUGUACCACACUAGGAUAGUGCGGCUCAGCACUGAUGAGAGGGAAGUUCGCAUGUACAGAGAGCUGAACCUGGACUGUCGCUUUGAAUCCAAGCGAAAGAGGAGUCUUGGAGUCUCGACGAAUGUGGUUUUUAAUGUCCUGCAGGCAGCUCAUGCUACCAAGCCUGGCUCAAAGCUGGCCCAAGAGAUUGAUGCAAAUGAAACAGAACUGGUUCUCUUUGGUGUGUUUGCUGAAAGCCAGGUGGAGAGCAGGGAGCCACGGAAUUACUCGGCAGUUUGUGCUUUCCCUGUGCGCAAGAUCAACCAGGCUAUAGAAGAAGGGAUGGAUAAAUGCUGCAGUUCAACUAACCAUGAUAAGAUGCUUCGAGGACUGCAGUUUUAUCAAGCUACUGAGUACUGCCCACACAAUGUAAAUCUCUCAGGCCCAGUGGUGGAUACCAGUUGCAAAAAGAAGCCCACCUUUAUAAAUACAAACAAUUACAGAGUGGACCUCUUCAAUGGACGUAUGGCUGGAAUUCUGUUGACCUCCAUCUUUGUAACUACAAUAGGUGAGGUGACUGUGGCUCACCUGGGCACAUCUGAAGGACGUAUUUUGCAGGUGGUUAUUCAGAGAUCUAAAGUCUACAUGGUCACAUUGGCCAACUUCUCCUUGGGGGAGAGUUUGCCUGUGCUGCAAGAGGUCAGCAAGCUAAGCAACACUUUGUUCUUUGCCACAGGAAAAAAGCUCUUCCAGGUGAACCAGACUGGUCCAGGCUGUCGCCAUUUCCGGACUUGCCUCCGUUGUCUGAAGGCAGAGCGUUUUAUGAAAUGUGGCUGGUGUGGGAAUGUAUGUACCUAUCAAGAAGAAUGCAAGGCAACAUGGAACCAGGAGAUAUGCCCCCCAGUCCUCACUGAUUUCCAUCCCCGAAAUGCACCAUUACAUGGCAGAACUAAGUUGACUCUCUGUGGCAUGGGGUUUCAGUCACGUCCAUAUUUCUCCGGUGUUGACUCGCGUAUAAACCUUGGUGACUAUUCAGUUAAAGUGGGGCAGAAGAACUGCACAGUGCUGCUUGAAGAGAGCCUGGCAAACAGGUACAAUGAAGUGCCAGACUGGAAAGAUUUUGUUGAAGUGAUUGUCUGCACUUUGGAGCCACAGGGAGAAGUGAAGGUGCUCGAGCCACAAAAGGUUGAGCUCACCAUUAAAGAGAUCUCAAUAAUGCACCAAAACACCCCCUAUAUUGCUGGCUCCUCAGUCCUCAAUGGCUUUAUAUUUAUGGUGCCAAAUGUAACGUCUAUCCACCCUGCAUAUGGCCCACAGGAUGGAGGCACAGAGAUCUUUAUACAGGGACAAAACCUCCUAGUUGGAGGCACAAGAAAAGUGAUGGUUAAUGGCCUGGAUUGUUCUUUGAUCCAAAAAGAAAGCCAGAAAGAGGAAGCCGUAAUUUGUACCACCCCUGCUGCAAGCAACCUGUCCAAUGCUUCUGUGACCGUGGUAAUAGAUGGGGAGCAUUUUUCCUCUCCACAGCACUUCUGGUAUCGAGAAAAUCCCCAGAUACAUCAAAUUUCCCCCAACUGUACCUAUGAGGGUUCAAAUAUCUCCAUCUAUGGCACCAAUCUGGAUUCAACAUAUUACAUGAAAGUACAAUUUGAGUCUGCCAGAAAACAGACACCAACUAAAAUAUGUGAGAGGCCUCUGUCUGCCAAAAGGAUAGUGUGCCAGAGUCCUGUCUACCCAUUUGGAAGCAAGGUGGAGAGUAUUCAUGGAAACCUGAACAUCUUGAUGGAUGGAUGGCACAAGACAUUUCCCAUCCACUACUACUCCAAGCCAGAGAUCUACCCUUUUGAGCAGGAAAACAAAUUGUAUGAACUUGAUCAAGGAGAUGAUGAGAUUGAGAUUCAUCAUAGAGGGCUGGAUGCUCUGGCAGGUUGCAUGAAAAUCUCGAUGACAGUGGCUGGCAGGGACUGCCACCCCAAUGUGCUGAAGAACGAGGUGACCUGUCGAAUCCCCAAGGACUUGAACAUCCCUCCGCAGGGUUUGCCAGCACAGAUUUGUGUGAAUGGAAACUGCACAGACCUAGGGUUUGUGGUCAUGACCUCCUCAGUCUCCCCUAUUGCUGUUAUCUUGAGUACCUUUGUCGCCAUCUUGAUCUCCUGCCUCAUGGCAUUUCUGCUGAUAAAAUAUAUGCGGCGGAAGAAGAAAAGAGGGACUGAGAAUUUGGAAAGACUUUCAAGCUUCAACAGGGGUAUGCCAAGCAUCCCUCUUCUUCCCCAGAGUUUUGUUUACACGAAUUCUACUGGGAACUCACAGAGUGACUUUUCUGGAGCACGUUUUGGAAGCGUCUCAUACACAGGUAGCAGCAAUGGUUCUUCCAUGCCCUUCAUUCGGGUGCCAUCUUGCUCCAUUAAAAAUCUUCGGCCACAGCUGUUGGAAGAGGUGAAGGAUGUCCUGAUCCCAGAAGAGCAGCUGAUUAUGCGCAGGGACCAGAUAAUUGGCAAAGGACAUUUUGGGAGUGUUUACCAUGGAACAUACAUCGAUCCCUCCCAGAAACAGAUACCCUGUGCUGUUAAAUCCCUGAACCGAAUCACUGAUUUGGAGGAGGUAGAAGAGUUCUUGAAAGAGGGGAUUCUGAUGAAGACCUUUCAUCACUCCCAUGUCCUGUCUCUCAUUGGGAUUACACUCCCUAAAGAAGGGCUCCCUCUGGUGGUGUUACCAUACAUGAAGCAUGGAGAUCUACGACACUUUAUCCGUUCCAAGGAGAGGAACCCUACUGUGAAGGACUUAAUAAGCUUUGGGCUGCAAGUGGCUCAAGGGAUGGAGUAUUUGACCCAGAUGAAGUUUGUACACAGAGACCUUGCUGCUAGAAACUGUAUGCUAGAUGAGACCUUCACAGUGAAGGUGGCAGACUUUGGGCUGGCCAGAGAUGUCUUUGAUAAAGAGUAUUACAGUAUCCAGCGACACCGCAGAGCAAAGCUCCCUGUCAAAUGGAUGGCUCUUGAAAGCCUGCGGACCCAAAAAUUUACCACCAAAUCUGAUGUGUGGUCCUUUGGGGUUCUCAUGUGGGAGCUGAUGACACGAGGGGCUCCUCCAUAUCCUGAAGUGGAUCCAUACGAUAUGACCCACUACUUGUUGCAAGGAAGAAGGUUGCCGCAGCCUGAAUAUUGCCCAGAUUCUCUGUAUACAGUGAUGCUGAACUGCUGGAACCCAAGUCCUGAGGCACGACCAACUUUCUCCACACUGAUCCAGGAAGUGGAGCAUAUUGUAGCCAGCCUGAAGGGAGAGCAUUAUAUCAACCUCCACGUUACCUAUGUCAACCUUGAACGAGGCCAGCCCUUCCCGCCUUCAAUCAGUAGUGAGGAUGAACUGGACUCUAGUGGACUGAGCGAGGGAGAAGCUACUACUGUGCACUAGAGGACACUCUGUCAAGGAGCACAUCUGAGUAGAGGCACACACUCUGCCAGCAUCCACUGCAGACCUUUGUGGGGCUUCAUUCCACAAGCUGAAGAGGUUUCCUGACUCCUGCUCUAUUGGGGCCUUGGUUUACAGCAGCCCAGAUUCUCCAGCUGUCCUGGAAGUUCCCUUCAGAUGCUGUCUACUUUGGGGUUUUGCCGGGGUGGUGGUGGUGGUUGCAUUUUAUAUCCCGCUCUUCCUCCAAGGAGCCCAGAGCUGUGUACUACAUACUUAAGAAGUUUCUCCUCACAACAACCCCGUGAAGUAGGUUAGGCUGAGGGAGAAGUGACUGGCCCAGAGUCACUCUGCAAGUCUCAUGGCUGUAUGGGGAUUUGAACCCGGUUCUUCCUGGUCCUAGUCCAGCACUCCAGCCACUACACCACGCUGGCUUUGGUGGUUCAGGAAUCCUUUUUCAGAGACCUUCUGUCACGAGUUCUCAGCUAUUCACUUCAGAUGGGAUGGAGUGGCGACUCAGAAAAAUGCAGGGAUAAGCUCAUGCCUCCCAUAAGGAGAGAAGGGGCAGGUCCCCUUAAGCUCUAGAAAAGAGAUGUGUUCAGAAUACUUGGGAGAUUCUAUGCUGAGCUAUGUUUAUUAAGGGUGACAAAGUAAUGUCUCAGCCUGUGGCUGAAUCUGUGUAUAAAAGAAAUAUAUGAGCCAUAAGUGCUAUUC